GGGGGACUCCGUGCGCUGGCGCAUCUUGUCUGGUGCGCACAGCACACGCCUGCCCGCCGUGAGGCUUCCAGCUUUGUAUUCCAGUGGGACCCCAGCCGGUGACUGGUGACCCGGCUCAGAUGGGCCUGGCUUGGUGCCGUUCCAACCCGCUGUCUCCUGGAAGCCACACAUCGUCAGAGGGCAACUUCUCUUCGUUGGCUCCCACACGUCACAGGCAUCCCUCCCAUCUUGAGGACAAUGGACGGCCGUCAGCUGUGAGCCCCCCGCCUUUUGAGGGUGCCCCGCACACCGGGGCCUGGGGCGGGGGGAGGCAUUUUCCACCCCCAGUCAGCGGCUGCCCCACCAGGGCCUCCGGGCCCUCCUUGGCUGCUUUGGUCCCUGCAACUGCCCCGGCCUGUGGAUUCUCACGGUUCCGACCUGUGGCCAAGCCCAGGCUCCCUGAACUCCAGACAGCCUGGGACCUGGGCAGGCUUCCCAGCAAAGGGCUGGACCUGGUCCUCUGUCACCUCCCUGGAAAUGUACGUGGGGUGGGGGUGGGGGGACACCACACACACACACACGCACGCACAAACACACACAUACUUGCACACACACACCCAGCAGACCCUUUCCAAGGCAGUCCUCCCAGGGCGGUGUUCCCACCACCAUACAUGCUGGUGGGUGUCGGGAGGUCUCUCCCCCGGUGUCCUGGAACUUCCUGGGGGCUGAAAGAGGCUCACAGCUGGUGCUGCCCUUCUCUCCUCUGGACAUGUGAGAGGCCCCUGCUGGUGGGGCACACACAACCUCUCUGGCCCCUCAGCUGCCUGGGGAUGUGGUCGGGGUUCCAGAAUGACUGCUCUCCGACCCUCUCUGGCUUGGGCCUGCUCGUCGCCCCCAUCAUCAGACCUGUUCCACGGAAGCACGGUUCCUCCUGGCCUGUUUGCUGUCCCCAUUUGUCACUCCUGCCAGGCAUUGGGACGUCUCGUCUUGUGUCAACCCUGUACAUUCGUGGCUUCCUCACAUCCAGCCCUUGGCCCCAGCCAGUCGGCAAGGUCCCACACGCUCUGGCCCUGCUCCCACCCCAGCAACACGUGUCACCCGCCGUACCUGCUCCUUGGCCACGCCUGCCUUCCUGGGACAUAACUCUCUUCCCAAAGCCUUGCCUGGCCUCCUAAACUGUACCUGCCUUCUCCCCCACCCCCUCCACUUGCUCACUCAGGCCAUUUCCUAAGACCCUCACCCCCUGCCUCCUUUUCAUUGCUCAGUCCACAUGCUGCCCCCUGACUAAAGCCGCCCCAUCUCCCAAGACCUGCUCUCUGUCCUUUAGGGACACAGCCUCAGUGCCUGGCACUCACUGCUCCUGGUCAGAGCUUGUGGGUUCCAUCCGGAGGUAGUUGGGGUCCCCCUCUGCUCCUCUGUCCCCUGCGUGGUCUUACUGCUGCAACAUUGGUGGGCUUUCCUGAGAGGCGGGCGCGAGGGUUCCGAUUUGACAGCCGCCAGCAGACACCCCAGGAUGCACCCCGUUUGGCGUAUACUUUUUACAUACACUCACAGCGGUGUUAGUGUUUGAAUAAACUUGAACUCAUGGUG